UUGAGCGUGAAACACGUGUGUUAAGAUGGGGUAAUUACACGUCUUUUCCAAACUUCGACAAACUGGGAUAUGUAUUAGAGUUUAUGUCGUGCUUCAGUGGAGAUCCAAAUUUUUGUUCGGAAUGCGGGACUAUUCUUCCGUUGCCGGGGCCGACGGACACUGUCACUUGUGUCCGCUGUAACUUCAGUGUCUCAGUCCGCGAAUUUGCAGGCCGUGUGAUCACCUCUUCCGUGGUCUUUAAUUCUUUGGAAUCGUCCUCCGUUGUCAAUGAGACCGAGGAGUCAGAACUUAAGGGACCAGUGAUUGACAGACGCUGCUCUCGCUGUAAUAAGGAAGGGAUGGUGUAUCACACACGACAGAUGAGAUCUGCCGAUGAGGGGCAGACUGUGUUCUACACGUGUAUACACUGCAGGUACCAAGAGAAAGAAGAUUCUUGAGAGGUGCUAGAUGGACACAUUUUAUGCGCAGAAGAAGUUCCCCUUCUAUGGGGUCAAUUAACCCUGAAGUUGGGACUGUGACUCGUGAUUGACUCUGGUUAUGCAUUUAAACCCAAUAAUGCUGACACCAUGUCAGGGAACACACACUGUACACACCCACACUCACUGCAGCUUUGCCUUGUGAAUGCAUAAUCAGGGACUGCGGUUUGUACUGUGGCAUGAAUCUCCACAUGAUGAGAAGCUGGGACUCGGACCAGCGUUUUUUUUUUAGGUUUCUGGUCCAAUCACAGGAAGGCCCCUGUGAUCAGAGACACAGGAUACCAUCAUUUCUCUAUUUCCCCUCAGAAAAACAAGCCAGUCUGAUGAAUGUCAAACAAAAGAGUAUUUUCAUGGUUUUAUAAAUAUAAAUGAGUCAUGCACUUCUGUCCUUUUUUUGUAUUUUAAAAAAUUAUUAUUUGAGGGUUAAAUAAAUUUUGUUUUCAAAUGUGCUGUUAUUGUUCACAGAGUCCUUAUUCUGUAACCUAGCGAUGGCAUAAAUAUGGUGAAAUUUAGAACCAGCGACACAGAAUAAAUGUGAAUCAUUUUUCACAAUUUAGUUAAAAAACAGCUUAAGUAGAGUCUUGACCUUUUGUUUUAGUAGUGUUGGGCAAUUUUAGAAAAACAUUGAAUGUUUACCAAUGUUUGGGGUAGUAAUUUGAGAAACAGACUUUGCUACAAGUUUAAAUGUUGGGUAAGCCAGAACAUUGGUUACCUUUGUUGUACUAUUCAGUGUGUUUAUAUUUAGAUUUGUCUUUGAGUGUUCACAAACUGUACAUGUUAAGCUACAGGUCAUGUGAGGAAAUGAAUAAAAAUAAUUUCUCUAACAAUUGA